AAAAGUUCAAAAAGUGUAAUUGUGCAGUGAAAUGGCGGAGAAAUCUCAUUCUUCCAAGGGUUUAAAGGAGGCAGUGGCCUCGCGAGGUUACUUAAAAGAUCGUGAAAUAAGGCGUCGUGAACCCCGCAUAGAAAACCCGCCUCCGACCACUACAAUGACUUCUCCAGCCACUCCACUGAGCAAAAUUAAUUUGCCACCAAUAGAGCUUCCCACCUUCAGUGAUACAUAUACUGCUCGGGCAUACCAGCUCGAUAGAGACAUGGAGAAGGAGCCAACGCUGAACGACUUCCUGAGCUUCCUCGAUCAAAGAGCUCUGGCGCUGGAAAAUGCUGAGCCAGGGAAUGCUCAGUACCGGUCACCGAAUGCAAAGGUGGUAACACAUGUUACCAAGGAGGAGCAAGCCUGUGUAUACUAUCCUGCUGCCGACGGAGUUACCCAGCAGCAGUCGAGCGACGCCGCAUAGCGCGAGGCAACCCAGUCUCAUCAACACUAAGUUCGGGUAUAUUAUUGCAGGGAGUUUGCCACAAAGGAGUAUCAACAAAGUCUGUAACAAGGUAUCUUUAAAAUGUAUUACUUGUGAAGCUGAUGUUGAUAACACAUUAACUCAAUUUUGGAAGACUGAAAGUGUCCCACAAAUAUUUAAUGAAACAAAUUCAGAACAAGAACUGACUGAACAUAUUUUUCAAAAUACUGUGCAGUUAAAGGAUAAACAGUUUGAAGUGGCCUUGCCUUUGAAGCUGCCUAUCGGCGAUAUUAAUGAUACUUUAGGUGAAUCCUUUCAUUUUGCUUUAAAACGAUUUUUGAAUUUGGAGAAAAAAUUACAUAAUAAUCCCAAUCUUUUCUCCGAGUAUAAAAAGUUCAUUUAUGAAUAUAUAUCUCUAAACCAUGGCCAUUAUGUAGACAUUGAGCAGUAUGACUUGAAUAAAGAUGCGGUGUACUUUUUACCCCAUCAUGCAGUAAUUAAAGAAGGUAACAAAACAACAAAAUUGCGAACAGUUUUCGAUGGUUCAAUGAAAACUAAUAAGAAAGUUUCGCUUAAUGACUUGUUAAUAAAUGGGCCAAUUGUUCAGAGGGACUUGUUCGAUAUUUUAUUAUUAUUUCGUCUUGGUAAUUACACUAUUACGACGGAUAUAAAGCGCAUGUUUAGAAAUAUAAAGGUGAGCCCUGAAUACACUUCUCUUCAAAAUAUUUUAUGGAGAGACGAUCCUAAUGAUAGUGUCAGGUGCAUUAGGUUAGAUACAGUUAC